AAAGAAUCUCCUUUGAUUUGAUUUUGUUCCCACGCCGGCUUUGCGGCAUUUGACCUUCCUCGGGGCUCGCAAAGUCCGCGCAGGAUGAAAGCAGCUCGAAGCUUUGCCAGAAACCCCAAAUCGGAAUGUGAAGUAUGCCUUAAGCGUCGGCUGACGAAAGCGGCUUCCUCUCCGUUUACAAACAUUUCUCCAGGUGCUCGGAUUUGGAGAGUAUUCAAUUCUUCUUGAUUUGAAUUGGCCACUCGCAUCACGUUCAUCCUGUUGGCAAGGUUUCGUUUGCUGUAGGCGCCCCCGAAUUUGACCUAGUGACCACUGGAAUUUAUUGGGGACAAAAAAUCCUUGCCUGAAGUUUGGUGUUUUGGUUUUAUGGGGAUAUUUGAAGGGUCUUUUGGCCAUUGAUGAAACAUCUAAAAUUCUGCCCCCAAAACCCUGCAGCUUCAUUUGGCCACGUGGAAUUUGUUGGGAAAAUUCGACCCCCCCCCCCAAAAAAGCCAUGCUGAAAAAGACACAAGGAAUCGGACAUUUUGGGUGAAUCGUUUCCCGAGUUCAUUCAAAGGCAACCCAGCCGCUAGCCAGUUUGACUUCGCCUGAGUGGGUUUGGUUUCGAGAAACCAAGCCCGAAAGGACGCAGGAUGACAUUCUGGUUUACAAAAAAAAAAAAAAAAACAACUCAAGAAGUCAAGCUUGAAAGGACGCACACGUCUGCCAAAUUGGUUCCAAGCGACAAUUUGGGGCGCGAUUUGCACAUUUCUCGCGGUCACUUGAAGACCGACGUCGCUGCCAUUUUGUCCAGUUGCUUCACAUUUGAACCUUGCGUGAUGGAUGUAAAAUAGCCAAAUCAUGAAAUGGGAUUUUUUUGGCUUCUUCUUUCAGUUGAAAGGGGCGUUACUUUGGCAAAUCUCGCGAUUUCUGAAUGUCCAUUUUCACCAGGACGACUACACCUGCCGUCGUUUCGUAUAAUCAUCGUCAUAAUAAUAACGCAAUUUCAACCUUGUCUACUCGACAACUGCUCAUGAAUGUCGACAAGUUCCAUUGUCCGCAAUGUCAAAUCCAAUAUAGGAUUUUAUUGAUUUACGUCCUCCAACUGAAAGUCUUGACACAAUAGAAGCGCUUGAAAAUCUUGCUUAUUUUGGAUGGUUACGCAACAUUUUAUGGAGCUCCUGGCGGGGUCGAAGGUGCUGAUUACGCGACGAGGGCGUUCUGGCGGGUCACGCCUUGGCCCGCCGGCACGCCGCGCUCGGCGCACGCACACGAUAGCGAGCCGGGACGCCAUCGAGAGCCACACGCCGAGUCCGGGUGACAUCGUUCGGAUGUUUCGUCGAUCGGCGGGCUGGAGGAGCCUGAUUGGACUUGAACGAGGAACGUUCUUGACGCAACAGCAUGCCAAAGCGGAUGGCCCUCAUCUGCUUCCUGUCUCUGGUCAUGGCGAUGAGCAUCCUGGGAAACCUGCUGGUCAUGGUGGCUGUCUGCAAGGACAGACAACUCAGGAAAAUCAAGACCAACUACUUCAUCGUGUCGCUGGCCUUCGCCGACCUGCUGGUGUCGCUGCUGGUGAUGCCGUUCGGCGCCAUCGACCUGGUGCGCCAGCAGUGGAUCUACGGCGAGACCUUCUGCCUGGUGCGCACCUCGCUGGACGUGCUGCUCACCACCGCCUCCAUCAUGCACCUGUGCUGCAUCGCCCUCGACAGGUACUACGCCAUCUGCUGCCAGCCUCUGGUGUACCGCAACAAGAUGACGCCCAUGCGCGUGGCGCUGAUGAUCGGCGGCUGCUGGGUGAUCCCCACCUUCAUCUCCUUCCUGCCCAUCAUGCAAGGAUGGAACGCCAUCGGCAUCGACCACGUGAUCGACGAGCGUCGCUACACGGAAGGCAGCAACUCGACGUCGUGCGUCUUCAUGGUGAACAAGCCGUACGCGGUGACGUGCUCGGUGGUGGCCUUCUACAUCCCGCUGGUGCUGAUGGUGCUGGCCUACCAGCGGAUCUACGUGACGGCGCGCGCGCACGCCCUCCAGAUCGGCAUGCUGCAGCGGGCGGGCGGCGCGGCGGCCUCGGACUCCGCCGACCAGCAGCGCAACCACCGCAUGCGCACCGAGACCAAAGCGGCCAAGACGCUGUGCGUCAUCAUGGGCUGCUUCUGCCUGUGCUGGGCGCCCUUCUUCGUCACCAACGUGGUGGACCCCUUCAUCGGCUACGCGGUGCCCGACAAGCUGUGGGCGGCGUGCCUGUGGCUGGGCUACAUCAAUUCCAUGCUCAACCCCAUCCUCUACGCCUUCCUCAACAAGUCCUUCCGCCGUGCCUUCCUCAUCAUCCUGUGCUGCGGGCGCAAUCGCCACCGCCGGCCGUCCGUUCUGGACCCGCGCGCGCCGUGCGCCGCCACGCGCAUCAACGGCUCCGCCCACGUGCUCAACAGCUGCUCGUCUGCCUCCAAACUGCUGCUGUGGUUGUGCAACACCAGGCCAGUGCCUGUCUAGCCGCGCUAAGCCUCACCUGCAGGCUCUCUCUCGCUCGCUCGCUCAAGUAUUCGGCGCUUCACAACGGGAACCACGCGGCGCCGGAGAAGAAAACGCUCCACCGACACGCAGAGUCCUGCUUGUGACGCAGCGUCGCACACCUCCGCCGAGCACAUUCGCGGGAAGGGGGCGCAGCGCCGACCCCGCCCGGCGGCCGCGUUGACCGGCAGAGACGGUGUCUAAUGGCCGCCGGGUGGACCGAGGCCUAACCGGCUCGGCCGGUUCUGGUUCUGGCCCCGACGUGACUGCGGUCCCGAAGCGAGUAGCCCCGCUUGUGGAACUUCCAAGGUGUGACGUUUCUAAAGCUCGGUUCAUUUUAAUAUGGUAUUUAAUUGAAUUGUACAUUGACAUCAGCUCCUCAUGUUUGUGUGAGAGCGUGCACGUGUAUCUAUGAAAGCAGUUGUGCGUGUGUGCGUGUAGUUAGUGUAUACAGUGUUUGUGUUUUUUGCGUGUGUGUAUGCGUAGUGAGCAAGUUUGUUUACAUGUGUGUGUGUGUGUUUCUUACAACAGUGCGUGUGCAUGUGUAUGUGUGUAGUAUGUUUCCGCAUGCGUGUGUGUGUUUCUUACAACAGUGCGUGUGUGUAUGUACGAGGUGUGUCUGGAAAGUUCCAGGACUGGCGUCACGAAAGAUAUAUUUGAUAUUUGUCCGAGUUUGACCCCUAAAUGUGGGCCAGAGGAUUUGCUCACAACGUCUUGAGCAUCUGACAGUUCCUGCAAGGAAGUACAUCACCGCGCUAGAGCAAACGCACAAUCCUGGAACUUUUCUGACGCACUUCGUGAACCCACGUGGGCAUUUCUUACAACAAUGCGUGCGUAUGUUUCCACGGCGAUGCAUGUUUUUGUUUUGUUUCCUGUCACACCUCAUCCACGCCGCGUGUCACAUGAUCCAUCAGCCUCAGGAUGGGGAAUGUACAAGAACGUCCACAAACAUGUUUACAUCUGCUCACUUGAGUGACGUCUGCUGGGAUUUUGUGGUUUUUCCUUGCGGACCCUCAAGAAAAUUGGUGAGCGCGUCUAACAUGAGUGUACCCACACAAAAGAACUCUCAAAAACUGUGCCCGAAAGCACGUCGGCAGUCGUUUUGGUUCGAAGCCUCCACUUUAGGUUCAUUUUCGUCAUUCACACUAUUUACAAAAUUCGGCCCCAGAAGCCAAUUUGACUUAGCAUCGUGAAAUUUGGUAAGCAUGUCUAUUAUGAGUAGACCCACACACACACAAAAAAGUCUCAAACAGCUAUAACCGAAAGCACAUACAAAGCCCGCCAUUUUGGUUCGAAAAGGGAAAAUUGGGGUUAUUGUCAUCAUUCACGCUAUUUAUAAAGAAACCCCAUUUGAUUUAGCAGCGUGAAAUUUGGUAGGCAUGCCUAUUACGAGUAGACCCACAAAAAGAUCCAUCAAGGCACGCUUGGAUGAGUGCGGUGCGGAAGAACAGGCCCAACAAAACUCUCCCAGACGGUGAAUCCCCAUUUUCUUCACUUUCCGCGACAUGAACGUGUCUUCCUACUUUUGCCCAUCUCGUGUAUUUCAACUCAGAUGGAUUGUUUUGUUAUUGCUAUGAAUCAUAUUUGGUUUGGUUUGGUUUGGUUUGGUUUUUCGAGCUGCGAGCGCGACCAUGAGUGAAGCACGAGCACUUUGACGCACACACACAAAAUGAAAACAAUGAUCUCAAAUGAUUUCUUUGCUUUUUAGAUGGUUUUUGUUGUGAGUGACAGCGAUUUGUAAAAAAAAAAAAAUGUAAAUAAAAAGA